GGAACCUUGAGGUUAUUUCCGGCGAAGUGACCUGGUGAUUUGCAGAGUAUAUAAACAAGCGGAUUUUCGGAGUCUCGGUAGUUCAUUUACAGGCAAGAAGAUGAAAUACUUUGGUAUCUUCGUAGCGGCGAUCGCGGUGCAUCAUGCAUCUGGCGAUGGAGGCUUUGGCUCUGGAGGACACGGGCAACAUGGAGGAGGACUCGGAGGACAUGGAGUGGCUGUUGGAGGAGGCCACGGCCUUGGAGGAGGACUCGGAGGAGCUGUCAGGGGCGGCCAUGGAGGGUAUGGCGGGGGCGUAGCCACCGGCUUCAGCGUGUUCAACCUCGGAGCUCCUCUGGGAGGCUACGGUGCCGGUGGCUCCUCCCUAAGGCACAGCGGCUCCUCCUUGGGGCAUGGAGGCCUCGCCGGCGGCUCCUCAUUAGGGUACGGUGGCGUCGCCGGCGGCUCCUCUUUAGGGCACGGUAGCCUCGCCGGCGGCUCCUCCUUGGGGCAUGGAGGCCUCGUCGGCGGCUCCUCCUUGGGGCAUGGAGGCCUCGUCGGCGGCUCCUCCUUGGGGUACGGAGGCCUCGCCGGGGGCGCCUCCUUGGGGCACGGUGGCCUCGACGGCGCUCACUCCCUGGGAGUCAGCGGCCUUGAUGUCGGCCAUUCAGUGGGCCACGGGGGCGUCUUGGCCAGUGGCGUUCACGCCGGCGGCCUCGGGGGGCCGGUCGUCGCUCCCCACGGGGACUCUUACGGGGUUCUGUAAGGUCUGUUUCCCACACAUGUUCAUUAUUUAUUGGGAUGGAAGAUGCGACCUGAAGUCUUACUUAUCUAAU